GAGAGAAUCUCGACAGUGUGUUCUGCUCUUUUACGGCAGCUUGCGACCGAGCGGGCGGGGACGUCGGGCCAGCUUCGGGGGUGAAAAGAAGGGGCGUGAUGUUCGCGUCACACGGGUUCGGGUGUUCUGCGUUAGUAAGAAGUAAGGUGACCCAUGCAUAACGGAUUGGAGAAUGUAGUUAUUUUCGUUUCAAAGGUGAAAUAGAAUAUGUUGUGUUUUUCAUAUUGCACCUUUUCGUCCUAUUUCCUGCCUGCUCGCUAAUACCAGGUACCUGUCGGCUGUAUUGUGAAUCAAAAAAAGGCAGAUCUCAGCUGUUCACAAAUAAAUAAGUACCUACGGUUCUGCAAUAGUGUCAACAGAGUGUCAUUUACUUCGUGUUGAAGCGAAAGUUUCUUAAAUACCAUGAGUCUGAACCGCUCUGUGUAAUUAACCUUUAAAUAAAUGAACAAUAAGAAUCACUUGUAUGAAAUCAGUAGAAAUGGCAAAAACAGAACAUUGUAUGAAUGGAAAAGGACAUUUGGGACUUACAACCAAAGAAGCAUUGAACCGACUUCGAAGUGAUAUCAAAAGUACAAUUGAUGAAUAUCAACAAACACAUUUGAAGAGAUACAGCUGUCUUCCUUUUGAAAGUCUGUUUGUUCUACUUCUUUUAUGUGUCAACAUAUAUGUUGCAUUAAGGGAGAAUAAAUUACGACAUACUGAAAUCCCUCAAAGGGUGUGUAAUCUUAUCGAAGUUUUAGAAGAGGCAGAAAUGAAAUGCUCUUGGCUUCCUGAAAACUAUCCACAUUUGUGUUCUCCAUAUUCUCCUUGUAUUACUCUCCAAUGGACCUACCGAGAUGGAAAGUUAGUUAACUUACCAUGGGCUCUUCUUGUACGUGGAGAUAUAAUUGACAUCAGACCAGGCCAACAAGCACCAGGAAACUGUAUUCCAAUAGAUGAUGAUGAUGCCCCUGUUUUACAAGCACAUGAUGUUUACGGGCCUACAACAGAUGCAAGUCGAGAUGUGUUCAGUGUUCCUACUGCACGCACUCCUUUACAAAAUAAGAAGUAUCAACUCGAGGAGACCCCCUAUCUCAAUAAUCUUCUAAUAGCCCUUAAAAUGGCUUUAUCUAGACCUGUUACAUUACAUAACAAUGAAAGACAUCGUCUCAUUAUAAAAGAUCUUGAGCAACACUGUCUGUUUGUUGUGUUGGUUUGUGUUAUUCUAGCCAAUAUUUUGCACUACUUUUAUCUGAGUUCUUGGCUGGGAACAGGACAUUGGACUGAAAUGUUCCUUGUCCUUCCUGCUAUCACAUCACUGCCUCUGCUUCCUCUCAUCUUCCCUACUGCAUGGAUUCUCUUGGACUUGCUUGGCAUAGCUCGUAUUCAUGCAGUUUUACAUGCACCUAAGGAGGCACAGAUGGAAAUGGAUCCUUUUGAAGAAACUGAUUUGGAAGAGCCAAAACAUGCUGCUCCAGAUAUAAGAUGGCAAGAUGUCAGACAUUACUUCUUGCAAGUCAUUAAAGGACAUGGAGAAAUUCUCUGUCAUUCUACUAAUCUUCUCCAUGUUUUAGGUUCUGUGACAGCUUUGUGUUGUGUUGACAAGAAAGGAAUCCUUUCAUGGCCGAAUCCUACAGCAGAGAAAGUUUUCUUCCUUCGAAAUACCAGUGAUAGUUCAUGUUCAUCAAGUGCCAGUAGUGUCAUUGGGACAAAUGCAGAAUCGAAAGCUGAAGAUGAAGAUUACACAGCAUCACAAACUGUUGCAGAAGUUCUCGAUUUGACUCAUGAUCACUGCAGCCCUUUUCGUCUUCAGUUUGAUGAUCAAGCAUGGAAAAAACAUUUAAAAUCUCUUAAACCUCUUGGCCUUGCCAUUCUUCUGAAUACUUGCAAUAUGUCUACUCAGGAACAUUACACUCAAUUUUGUUCUCAUAUUACAUGUGAAGCUUUGCAUAAUGAGGAUGUUGUACCUGUUACUAACCGUAGGAAGCUGAGUGUUUCAGAAGAUCAAGUUCCAGGGAGCAAUAAGUGCUUAUGUGAAUUAGCUAAACAAAUUGGAUUUAUGGACCAAGCACAGGACAUAUUUAAACUCGAAGAACAGCUAUCAACAUUUAGACAUGUACAACCUGAAAUGGUUAGAAGAGAUAUCAAAUUUGCUCGUUCUCUUUCUAUUGCAAAGUUGAAAUUCCCUUUUCCACAUAUGGUCGCAGUAGUGGUGCGGGAACAAAGUCAUGGAGGUCUGCAAUUAAUGGCUCAAGGCACUGCUGAUAUUAUACUUGAUUCAUGUGUAGAGUUCUGGGAUGGUCAUGAUUUAUGUCCUUUAUCACAAUCUGACAGGAAGAAAGUCCAGGAUUUUUAUCAACGCACUAGUCUAACGGCAUAUUGCACUGCAUUUGCUUAUCGACCUCUUACAAAAGGUGUGAACAGUCAGAUGUCAGAAGUUUAUUUGGAACUUCCAGCUGAUAGCAAGCAUCUCUACCUUCCUCAUCGCAGUCCUACCCCUUUAGCAUGGGAUUUUCGUAAUGUAUUAGAUCCGCGAAACAAAACAUUUUUGGGACAGUUUCAUUCUACUGAUUCAUUAUUGGGAAACACUACAUGUGAAGAUGAUGUUAAUGAUGUAGAAGGGUGUUUUGAAUUACAGUGCAAUCAGGUUUUUAUUGGUAUGGUGACAAUGCAAUAUCAAGCGCAAAUUGACAUGGUUCGUCUGAUUGAGCAGCUGGAGCGAGCUUGCAUCAGAUUUGUUCACUUCAGCAAAGAAAAUGAAUUGCGGUCACGUGUUUUCUCUGAGAAGAUGGGUUUGGAAAGUGGCUGGAAUUGUCAUAUUUCUCUUCUAAGUGAUCGAAGCAGAUCAGACAGUGGCCAUUCUGAGUCAUGGUUCAACACACCUAUGGGGCUGGGCCAGCAUCUCUCUUCUCCCUCAUCUCUUCCUAAGUGUUCCACCCAUCAGCAUCAGCAGGAUGGCUGUGCAGAGGAGGGGGUCAGCCUGCUAAAUCCACGCUCAACCUUUGUUAAUUCCCGAGCACUCAGUUUGUCAGCCCCAAGUGCGAUUAAUCUGGAAAUGGCUCAAGUGAAAUUUGAGGAUGAGACUCAUAACUGGGCUGAAGAUCGGUGUGCAUUAAGUCAAAGAAAUGAUCAUGUUACCAGUCAAGACAGUGUGUUGGUUCACAGUGUGGAUUUAACACCACAGCAAGAAGCUUGGCGAUCAUUAAGUUGCCUCACGGACAGUACUGAACAAAGUGCUCCUGUUAAUUUUGAUUUGAGAAACAGGGCCAAACUUCCAAGGGGAAUUGAGAAAAUUCGACCUCAUCUUGAACAAAUUGACAAUGUUCCACUUUUAGUGUCUUUAUUUACGGAUUGUACACCUUCUGUGACUCGUGAAAUGUUGAAAAUUAUGCAAGAUUAUGGAGAAGUUGUUUGUGUGAUGGGAUCAUCUGCCAAUGCAGAAAAUAUGCCAAUUUUUAUGCAAGCUGAUGCAAGUUUGGCAGUAGAACCUUUGUAUCCUCAAGUAUGCCAGAAAGUACCAGUCUACAAACAAACUACAACACAACAAGGCCCUUCUCCAGUUGAACUCAGCAGAGCUCUAAAUUCAAUUGCUUGUUCCAUCAGUUUUCGAAGAGAAGAUCCCAUAUCAAUAUUUCACUUGAUAAUGGAGUGUCGACAUCAUAUGCAGUGUGUUCGAAACUGUAUGCAGUUUUGGAUGUGUUGUGCUGGUGCUGUGAGUGGAAUUCAAGUUUUAAAUAUAUCACUAAUGUUGCCACCAAUAUUUUCAUUUGGGCAAGUUUUGUGGUUAGUAUGUGUGAUUAUCCCAAUUUUAUCUCUUUCUCUGGUUGGAAAACCAACUGAUCCUCAAGUUAUGCAAAAAGCUACUGGCAAGAAUCAAAAUAUUGUUAAUACAGAGGUUAUCACGUUCUUAAUGUGGUGUUAUGGAGUGAAAUUUAUGAUUAGUAUAUGCCUUACACUUCUUUGCUAUGGCCUGGUUCUUUCUAACUUCUGUACAAAUAUAAUUUUGGUGACAAAUACUACCAGGUCAAUGGUAUAUCCAAUGCCAGAUGCAAUGUGGGGCGGAUGGCAGGAUUUUCAGUAUUGUUGGAUUGUUGCUCAGCACAUUGCCAUUACCAUGGUAGUUCUUCAUUUUGUUGCCCUGUCCAUUAGUUUUGUUCAUCGAGACCAAUCUAUUUGGACAAGAAGUCCUCAUGACAAUAAAGUGUGGCUUUUUGCAAUCUUUUCAGUACUUUGCUUGCAGUGCAUAUAUUCCACAAUAGUUCUGACUGUGACAGAAGCAGAUAGAAUUGAACUAGGAAUUGAACAUAUACCAUGGUUAGUGCUACUUCUAAUUUUGGUCUCUCCUUUAAUAAUUUUCUUUAUUAGUGAAUUGGUGAAGAAAGAAGAGAUCAAAGUCAACGUAAGAUAUCAGAAAAGAGCCCGUUUAGAAUUUGAUACAAAGUUAGGCAUGAAUUCACCUUUCUAACAUCACAAUGGAAACUAGUCUUGGAAUGUAAAUAUUAUGGAUGAACAAAUUUGGUGAAUGAACUAAUGAUAAAAUGAUACUUUGUUCCUUCAUGUGGUGUUAAUUAUGAAAAUUAUCACUGAUAUGAUCUGACAUUCCAUACAUGGAGCUUACUCAAACUUCCUUUGAAAGGUAUACCUUCCACAAUUUGAAUGUUCUUCAUAUAUUGAAUGUUGGCUUUUUGUAGGCUAGUCAUCAAAAUGUGAGAGCCCAAGAAUUCACGGAUAUGACUAUUAAAUCAGUUCCCUCAGUCUUUCUUCCCACCUCUCUUGUACCUUGAGGAUGAAGAACUAUAAACUCGACAAACAAUUGAAAGAGUAUUUUUUGAAGCAAGACAACCUUAGUGUGUAUUUCGCGGUCCAAAAGGAAUAUUCUUUGAGACAUUACUGUUCUACAUUAAAGUUGUCUAAAAUGAAUUACUGUGUUUGAGGGGCAUGGGAAAAAGAUGAUAACUCACAACUAGCUGAAGUCUAAAAAAGUCAUUAAAAUAUUUAAUAUUUCCAGCAAAAUGCAGAGAUGUGCCAUAUAAAUGUGAAUAAAUCUGCAAUACAGUGAACAAUCUGGAAGCUUAUUUUUCUUAUUUCUUGUUUUGCAUAAUGUGGCAAAAUAAUAUAUUUUUACAAAAAUAUGGUUUAGCAACUUUCCCCCUAUAUCUGUCAUUUGUCAUAAAAAAUGAAAACGUGAACAAAUUAACAUUUUUCUACCAUUUCCAUAUUUUGACUUUAAUAAUAAAAUGGUGGUGUUCUUAUUACUAGCAUUUGUUGCGUGUAAUGAAAAAACUGACUUUCUUUUGAUAAUGAAAUAUUGUACAUUAUAGUUUAAACUCGUGUAGGCAAGAUAAGUUAUGUUUCUUUUAAGGCUUGAAUUUUCCUUAAAUUCAUUCUAAUGAGGUAAUUUAGCAUCAAAUGCAAGAAUACAGUUGAACUUGUGGAGACUGUCAAAGCUUAGGACAUAUUCAUGAAUUGAGGUAGCCAGGUUUUAUGGAAGCAAUGCAUUUCCUAUGAAGGUAUAAUUUUAGUAGUCAUAUUUUGAUUAAUUUCUUACUUCUUUAAAAGAUUUUGAAUAUUACUAAUGAAACAAGUAUUAUAACUUUAAAUUCAGAAGACAGAUUCGAUUUUGCCUUAUUUGACUUAAAGAUAUUUUAUCAUGUGUUACAUUAUCAUGUACAAUAAUGUAAUUAUUGUGAAAGAAAUGUAUUUUUGAUGGCCUUUGUUACAUUAGUUCCGUGAACUCAUAACUUUGUGAUAUACAUGUUUAUAAUUAUACACUGUUUUUACCCUGUUGUUGAUUUUCUUUUAUAUUUUAUACCAAGAAUCUGAAAAUUUGACUCCUAAUUAUCAUGUUCAUUAUUGAGUAAAUAAAAC